AUGGACUGUUCUCCUGCUGCAAGUUCACCAUAUGGCCACCUUCACAGCCAAUCUAAGGCAGUUAUUUACAACUGGCCGCCUUUCAUCAUGCUGCACACAGAGGGAGGAAAGACCCAGCUCAAAGGGGUCUUCUUUGAACUGUGGACCAUCCUACAGGGGCGCCUCAACUUUACGUAUGAGUGGAAGCGUUCUCCUGACGGCGAGUGGGGUGUGGUGGCUCCUGACGGGUCCUGGAGCGGCAUGAUCGGGCAGCUAGUGCGGGGCGAUGCAGAUGUAAUCGUGGGAAGCGUGGACUUCACUUCUGAGCGAGCCAGAGCCAUUGACUUCGUGGUGCCCAUCGUGUAUUCCUCAUUCCGUCUACUGGUCCGCCAGCCAACCAGUCCCAUAGGUGGAUGGAGCAGCUACAGCAUGGAGUUCACAGCAGGCUCAUGGGCGGGUCUGCUGCUCACCGCCUGCGUGUGUUGCAUCGUGCUCGCUAUAGUGCUGCGUCUGGCGUCCGGGGAGCAUUACGCUGCACGGGAGGCUGUCCUGAUUGUAAUAGGCUGUUUGUGUCAGCAAGGACCAGUACGGGAGGAGAAGAGGUCGUCAGUUCGCAUUGUUCUGUUGACUGUGGGGGUGUUCGGCGUGGUCUCCGUCACCCACUACUCCUCCGUCAUGAUCUCCUUCCUCACCCUGACUACCAGCACACACUCCAUCGCUUCCCUCGCCGACCUCCUCGGCUCCUCCACCUACACGCUUGGCAUCGUCCGCGGCACUUCCACUCACGAUAUUAUUCAGGCGUCGCGGGGGGAGCCAUAUCGACAGGUGUGGACUGAGCUGCUCGCCCCGCGCCCUGACAGCUUCGUGGCCAACAUGGACGAGGGUGUGCAGCGCGCCGAUCGCGAGGACUUCGUUUUCCUCAUCGAUGAAAAUUUUUAUUUGAGCAGGUACAGCCGCCACUGCAGCCUGACACUCGUGGGGCCCAGAUACCUGAAAAUGCCAUCCUCUUACACCUUCAGGAAAGAUGCUCCUUACAAACUCAUCUUCGACCACGAAAUUACACGCAUGAUGGAAGCUGGCCUGCUGGACCGGGAGAUAAGGCGGAAGCAGGCGAAAGCGACGUGUGAAAAGGAAUCCAUCACUCCUAUAGGCUUUCACAACACCUUCACUGCCUUGCUUCUCCUGGCUACCGGCGUGCUGCUCUCCCUUCUGCUCCUGCUGAUAGAGAGGCUUGCUUUCCGCUGCACCCACCAGACCGUAGGCGUCAGUCCUCGCUCGCGCCCCACGCCAGGCUCUCCGAUGCUGGGGCGUGGCGCGGAGAUCGUGUCGGCAAGGGGUGGCGGGAAGUGAGCGGGGCAGUGACUUGGAACUGGCUGGAGGCACCAAGGGACAGGCCACAACUGGCAAAGCUUCGCUAUUCGGUAAACGUUUCCAGCCAGUGACUCUGUGUGUGAUGGGAGUAACGCUGCUGCUGCUGGUGCUGCUGUGUGUAUUUACCUAGUUGUAGUUUUACAGGGCCUGGGCUUUAUGC